AUGGAAACUGCUUCAGGCGGCGAUCAGACGCUCUUUUCCUCCGCCGAAAAAGAGUUUCUUGCAUCGCGGCGGCGGGUCUUCAAUGAUGCCGUUGUAAACUUUCUGAGCGUUCGACGGAGCAUGAUGUUCGUGUCUGUGAUCUUCUGCAUGUUGGCACUGGCGGUCCAAUUGGCAGUUGUGCCCAGGGCUUUUGAAAGCAGACGCCUUUGGAUUGAGAAGAGCAAGAUUGAAGUUGAGGGGAAGGUGGUGAGAUUCCAUGACUUCGUGAGCUUGUCGGGUCAAAAUUGGACUGACACCAAUCCUGAAGCCUGGUUUCAGUACACAAGCCAUUUGUACACCGGCAUGUUCGCGAAGAUUAUCAGCCAAACAGCGUUGAUCGACAUCCUAGAAGCUUGUGUGGAUGUCGCCUGCCAGUUGGCAAGUUGUGCUUAUCUUUGGUGGGCCCUCAGGAAGUGGUCCCACUUCAACCAGUCGCACCGUGGAGUUCUCCGCGGAUGGGCCUUCAGUCUUUUGGCACCUUUUUUGGCCACUUUGAUUCCGACGCGACUUUUUGUGGAGUGGAGUGUAUUGGACCCGGUGGUGCACACAUUUGCAUCAGAACUGUCUACUCAUUUGGGGUCACACACUGACGAGAUUGCUUUGAGCGUCAACCAAGCCUGUCAGCAACUUCUCGACUCACAAAAGCAAGGCCACGUCGAAAGCGCUGAAAACAUGGCGAGGAAAGCCUGUGGUGCCUUGACAAAGACACCGAACCGACAUUUGAAAUGCUGCAGCUUCAUCAAGAUAGUCGAUUUUGACUUCCGGCCAAUUCACAGUACGUGUGGAAAAAUCACGAACUACCUCAAUGACCCAGAAGGGCCAUGGCACCGCAAAGCCUUAGAAGAAGCGGCGGAGCUGUGUCGUGACACGGUCAUGCCAAACCUCGAGGAUACCAUCGAGCUGGGCUUCGAGAAUGCCCUCGAGGUAGCAGCCACUGCCGGCCCAGUGGCCCAACGAAUGAAGCAGAGUGUGUCGAUGGGGAUGGGCUUUGCGAAUGGGCUUCGCGGCUUCACCACCAUCAUGCCAGCUGCCUUGGCCUUGGCCCCUGCCAUGCUGCGAGGGGCGUUGAAAGUGAAAGUCACAGCACCGCAGAGCACCAUCCCGGGCAUGUUCGUGAUCGUGCUACCCUUGCUGUAUUGUCCACUGACGUGGGGAAUGUAUCAUAUCGCUUUCCAGCUGCUGGGGGAUAUCUGGAUGCUGCUGGGGUUGCUGGUGAUGGCCUUUGCACCGAUGGUGUACCUUGGCUUGGGCACCUACUAUUCAAUUACCAGGCCUUUAACCGACGAGGCGAUCACACAAGUCAUGGUGAGCAUGAAUCGCAUCUCUGCAAUCAUAGCAGUGGUCGGCUAUGCUUUCAUUUGCACCUUUGCUUGGAAGCGAUACAAACUCAUCAUGCUGGAUGCGGAACCUGGCGAUGAGAACAGCGUCGAAAGGGAUGCCUACCGAUACAUCGUCCAGCAGGUGGCAGUGCUGCAGCCCGGCUUCUGGGUUCAACUUGCAGGCAUCGCAAUGGCAAAAUAUUUCUUCACAACAUUAGCAGGAGUUGAUUGGAUGAUGACGGAAAUUGGAAAGCAAAGGCACUACGAGAAUCUGAUGGAGAUAUCACAGAAGAUCCGAGAUUUGGAAGCCAGCGGCAGCGCAGUGCGCUACCCGAAGGGGCUUAGAACUGAUGCCCAAAGGGAAGAAAAUCUCAAGGCCGCCGAAGAGCGUGUGCUGCGGCUGGACUGUGUGUUUUACAUUUUAUAUGAUGAGGUGCCAGUGCACGUGGUGGAAGAAGCUCGCAGCAGCCUGGUCAUGGACGCCGGCGGCCCAGCAUACCGCAAGCGCCGCACGGUGCUGGCGCCAGCCGUGAGUGGCUUGUUGGUGGAGAUGGAAGAUCUGAAGGAGUCUGCGCCGGACAAUGACACUUCAAAUGCCGAAGCUUCGCAACCGUCGUCCAGCGCCAACCCUCCAGCAGUGCUGGUCAACGAAGUUCCACAAGCUCCGGAGCACAGUGAGACCAGUGGCUUUGCAAGUACUUGGAACUUCUUCUUUGGUUUGCGCACGCCCCAGGGAGCCAGCCACAAUGUGGCGGUCCCAGCUUCAGCACACCACAGCUGGGCUGGCACGGCGCCAAGUGCAGUGCCACUACAGCCGUGGCAACCUGCCGGUUGGCACGCCCAAGGAGGGCUGCCCGGAGGGCUUGGUAUGCCACUGCAGACCCUGGGGCCAUCUUCGGAAAGGCUGCCGCCGCCGCAUUGGUCCGUGUCUCCGGGGACUCCCACGUCUUCUUGGACCAGCCAGACAGCAUCUCCUCGCGGGCACCACUUGCGUCCUAAUUUCUGA